CACAAAGAGUAGCUCAGUUAAAAAAUCAAGUUAAACAAGAUGUAAAGGUAGUUACAGCUUGAAUGAGAGGAUUUUUUUGAUAAUACCGCAGAUUAUCUACAGUAGUUAAUAAUAAAUUAAUAAUAACUUCGUAAUUUCCGACUGCAUUUGUAAUAUAGUCGAUAAAGUGGAUUGUGUGUAGUUUAGUUGUGUGGAUAAAUGUGGCUGUCUGUUUUAAAAUCGUUAAAAUCAAAUAAUGGCACAAAAUAAUCUGUCUAUCUUCGGUUGGAUAAUGGUAAUUAUAGUCGCCGGUCUUGCACUUACUAUCCGAUAUUUUUGUAUAUAUUACGGCCGUAUGUGCUGUAGAUGGUGCUGUGACUAUAUGUGUCAAACUACAGAUGGUCCCUCGGUUACAACAGUCACGACAACGCAGCAUACUCAAUCGCCACAAGUAGUUCCACCCUAUCCCAUAGAUACACGUCAUCCGGUACCGAGUAGUAAUAUUACGGGAUAUGGUAAUCAAGCCCCAUAUCCACAAUACCCAUUCAACACAGGUCAUGUGUCACCCCCCAUGGCAGGAGCAACUCCAUACCCACCACAGCCUUACCAACAAGCCGCACACGACUACAGUGCCAACCCACCACCGUACGACGUAGCAGUAUCUCAACCACCUCUCCAACCUCCUCCUUCAAAGGAAGGCUAUGUCAAGCAGUCCCCUUACAACCCAGGGUAUAAUUAGGUUCUUCCCAUCCAACUGUUAACUGUUGUGGUUUUUCUUACAUUUCGUUACUUAAAGAAGUUAGCAGAACUUGUUUUUGUUUAUAAUUAAAGUGUGUUUAAUGUUAUUGAAGUAGAAGAGGUUUUAAGUCUAACAGUGAUAAACGAGGACGGUGAUUAAAUGCCUGUGAAUACAAAAUUUCUGAAUAAGAAACAGUGUAUGCUUCUACUAAAAUGUACAAAGGUGUCUUUCAAUACUUUAGGAUGGAAUUUAUAUCAAAGUGUUCUUCAAUGGCUCCUUCUUAAGUAUUUCUGAAUCCAUUUAAAUAAAGGAAUCAAUGUUUAUUUUGGACUAAUUUUUAUUUGGGGUUGUGGAUAAAUUACAAACUUUUAAACAAAUCACUGACAGAGUAAAGAAUACUCAUUAAAAAUACAGUUUAAUCUCACCAAUCAAGUGUUCUGCCAGAUGUUUCCAGAUUUUUAAUAAAAACGUUUAUCAUUUAAUUCAUUUCAACAAAAUUUGACUCUUUUUUUCUACCACUUUCCAAAAUCUCAAUUAUUGUUUUAGCAUAUAUAUACACAAAUGAAUAAUUUUCAUUUAUAUUUAUACCCUUUGCAACUUUUUUGUGAAUAAUUAUCAUAGUUAUUGGUUACUAAUAGGUAUUGAUAAUUAAUCUUUCUUAUCAUGUCAACUUAUCAUUUAAAAGUAUUAUUACGAAUAAUAAUUUAAACAACAAACAAAAAUAGAUUCCGUACAUUUUAAACCGUAGGUCUAUAUAGCCUCUACAGACAAUUAAAAAAUAUAUCUAACAUUUAAGUGAAAAAACAUAUUUUUAAGAUCUUGUAUCUACUUGAAAUCCCCAGAAAUCAGUUCUAAACAUUUGUUACAAUACAGGUUGUUCGAACCUAUUGGACACGAUAGAGCAGUGGACAGAGUAGCGUUCGAAUCUGAUUAGGUACGGGAAUUUUCCUGCACCAAUUUGGGAUGCCACAUACCUUAACAGGUCGUGGUAUAAUGGCUCAAAUUAAACCAUGCCGUAAGAUUCCUCAACCAGAAAAUACGUAUGUGUAUGCUUUUCCCUCUGCUAAUUCUAACUUGCGUAAUGAUCCCUACUUAAAUUUUUCUUCUCUAGUUAUUGUGUGUUGUCAACCACUCUUUCUUCCUACCUCUGCUGCCCCGUUCUUCCUUCUCAAUACCUGCUAGAACUGCAUCUAGCUCACCCACUCUUCCUUCUCUUUUAUCGAAAGCACCUUUCUCACAUAAAUGUGUAUUUUGUUCGACCAUCGCUCAUCCAUCGCCAUAUUCUAGCUCAUUCCUUUCUCUUACCCAUCUGACACAGUCCAAAAGGGUAUUGACGCGGUGUCUGAAACCCCACAAAUGCCCGAUUCGGUCUUUUUGAACCUGUGCAAGUAGCUACGAAAGCUCCCGUGUCCUAUGAUCACCUGCAUCAGAUAUUACCUGUGCCCGCAGUCUAGCCAGCUCCGCAGAUUCGGUAUCAGAGACUUCGUCCACUGUGCCACAUCCCUUGUUGCAUUCCACUCGUCCUGUUACAUUCCAGUGUAUGUGGCCUCUUCCUUGCUUCUAACGUUCUCCGUUUGUAUCACCAUAUUUCUGCUCUGAAAUAUCCUUUACCCAAUGGGCAGCAGCAGCACAGUCCUGUAAGCACUUGCUACCCGCAGCAGACCAGUUUUGUCAGCAAAACUUCAUGUAGAACCCUCUUCCUUUCGGACUUGGGUUCUCUUAUAUUGGGUAUUACCCUUCUCAAGCGCAGUUGCUCUUUCUGCCACCUUACGGCUCACUUCCCGGACCCAUUCUUAUGCAAGACCUCCCCAAGUACUUGACGUAGUUUUUAAGACUGAUUUGCACGAACAAACACCAUUCCAUCUUUCUUUUUCGGGUCUUUAAGGUCCGCCACCUACGUCUCCUCCGCCGCGAGGCUCAAAGCAUGGUUAUUCAUCCAGUCCUAAAUCAGGAUAUUUGUACACCAUAUCUGGAACAGUAGUUCGCAAUCCAUGACCUAGGUUUCACCGUACCGGGUCAAGGACGGACUACUGGGACACCCCAACUGCAACAUUUGUAAUCACGCCCCCCUUCCAACCAUGACGACAUCUGAAAGAAUCCAUCUAAGUACAAGUUGACAAGAUGUCUGCCAAAUUUUUAUUUUCAUUGUAAAAUUUAUAAAUUAUAACGAAGACUUGCCACUCAAUACAAAUGAUUGUGAUAUCAUUUGUGUUAAACCGACAGAUCCACAGGUGUACUCCAGAAAGUUUCAUAUAAAACUCAAUGGUUAACACUCAUAAAUUAAAGUUAUUUUCAACAGACCAUUACCUUUACUUUUGAUAUCCACCACAAACGCCUUCCGCUACAGUUAAUCAACAUGUGCACUGAAAUCAAGUUCAGACAACCACCAUAACGGAUGAAACAUUUGGUUGGGUUGCAUACUCUCUUGAAACAAAAUAUUCAUGUUCUAUCAAAGUCACCUCAUAGAAUCAAAGUCACCCCAUUCUACGGUACAUAAUUGUAAUAAAAAAUCUGUUCCGUUUAGCUAUAUUUAACUCUGUAGACAUUGUUGAACUAGUAUACUAGCGCCUACAAGGAGAUCAGAGGUAAAGAAGCUUACAAUGAAGCCAAAAAGUCUAAUGUAAUUGAUAUAUUAUUAAAAUUACUAAAAUUACCAAUUGCAAGAGGAUUACAAUUUUCAAAAGUUUUUCUGUGCUGUAAAACUAUCAUCAGUGAAACCUAAAAGUAAGUAAUCCCACUAUAGGAUCAUGAACAAAAGGGGUAUUUGCAAAAAAGCCAUGUACAAAACGGUAUAAAAACAUUUAAAUUUGCAUUUUAAAAGUUGUAAAAAUUAAAAUAAGAACGGCAUAAUGCCGAUGAUUUAGGAUUGAGCCAAAAGGGGGCAUUUUUUUAUACUAUGGUAUACCCUGAGAAUUAUUCGGUUAUAAAUUAAAUCACAGGUAUUUAAAAAAAGCAGUUAUUAACUUAUAAAAGUGAUAAAAUUAUUUAUAUUUUUGAAAGUAUUAAGAUAUACUCGUAUUUCAGUAACACUAAACAAUUUAUAAUGAUAUAAAUGUUGAUAUUUUCAAGAUUAGAAACGUCGUUGUAUUAAGUAUAGGCCAUUAAAUAUAUAAAUGACUUAAAUUAUAUUUUAUAAACUUCAAGGAACUAAUAAUGUCCUACGAAUAUGUACUUUUCGAAUCUUGAAAACUUACUUUAAUCGUAUAAAUAGGUUUUGAUACUCGUUUCUAUUAAUGUCAUUAAAAUAGAUAGUCUUGCAACAAUUUGUCGAUCAGUUACGAUUCUUAUUGUUUUUAUUUUAAAGAGAUUAUGUGAUAAGGGAACUUUUAUGCUGUAUUCUCUGAUAGGAUGAGACUUUGUAUAUACUAGUGUUUAUAUAAAACAUAAUCAUGUAUAAAUAUAAUCUCAAAUGAAUAAUACUGCGCAUCUAAAUGAUAUCGAUUAAAAACGUAUACAACUACUAACUUAUACCGUUGUUCUCGAAAUUGAAUCUCGAUUUAAAACAUACAACUCUUGUACAUUGUAUUUAUCGUAUAUUGUACAGGCUUUAGCUUUAGUAGCCUAGUGAUUGGUAUAGUCGAAUUCACCGAUGUUAUGAAAAUCAUUUCAUUGUCUUUGGAUCUUUUAAAAUUCUUUUAACUGAUUUUAUUGUUUUUCUAUAAACUCUUAUCAUGUUGUUAAUAAUUGUCAUCUCUUAAAAGUUAAUGUAUAGCAAAAAAGCCUUAUAUAAAUUUAUUGUCUCAUUCUGUAGGACAGUACUGCAUAAAUUAUUGUUUUUCUUUAUUUUUAAGACUGUAUAAAAGCUCAGACUUUGGUUUAAACCUUAUUAAAUAUAUG